GGAUGGGCAGCAGCUCGCUGUCCGAGGACUACCGCCUGUGCCUGGAGCGCGAGCUGCGGCGCGGCCGCGCGGGCGUGUGCGGGGACCCUUCGCUGCGCGCGGUGCUCUGGCAGAUCCUGGUGGAAGACUUCGACCUGCACGGGGCGCUGCAGGACGACGCGCUGGCGCUGCUCACGGACGGCCUGUGGGGCCGCGCCGACCUGGCCCCCGCGCUGCGCGGCCUGGCCCGCGCCUUCGAGCUGCUGGAGCUGGCGGCCGUGCACCUGUAUCUGCUGCCCUGGAGGAAGGAGUUCACCACCAUCAAGACGUUCUCGGGUGGCUACGUGCACGUGCUGAAGGGCACGCUGUCGGAGGACCUCCUCAUCCAGAGCUUCCAGAAGAUGGGCUAUGUGCCCAGGGACAACCACUGCCUCACGGUGACUGCCCUGCCUCCCGCCUGCCAGCUGGUGCAGGUGGCCCUGGGCUGCUUCGCCCUGCGGCUGGAGUGUGAGAUCCUGGGCGAGGUGUUGGAGCAGCUGGGCACCAGCGUGCUGCCAGCCGAGGAGCUCCUGCAGGCUCGGCGAGCCAGCGGGGACGUGGCCUCCUGCGUGGCGUGGCUGCAGCAGCGGCUGGCCCGGGAAGAAGAGCCUCCACCCCUGCCCCCCCGGGGCUCCCCAGCUGUGUUCCGGGCCCAGCUGGAUCUGUACCGGGACCUGCAGGAGGACGAGGGCUCGGAAGAGGCCAGUCUUUAUGGAGAGCACUCUCCAGGCCCAGGGUCGCCCUCCUUGGAGCUGGCCUACCAGCCUCUGCUCUGGGAGCAGAGUGCCAAACUGUGGGGUGCUGGGGGUGAGGCCUGGGAGCCCCUGGAGGAGGCUGAGGUGUCGCAACCAGCCAGCAGCCCGCCCUACAGGGCCUUGGGGGAACAAGAGCUGGAACCCGAGGACUUCUCCUUCCUUUCUCUGCACCGAGAGCUGCUGAGUCAGCCUGAGGACUUGGCUUCUCCCAAAGCCCCGGGGAGCCCCGGGCGGGCCAGCCCCCAGCACGGGCACAGGCCCAUUCCCGAGCCCCCUGGCUACCAGGCACACAGCUGCCUGGCCCCUGGUGCCCUGCCCACCCUCUGCUGUGACACCUGCCGCCAGCUGCACACCACCCACUGCGCCGUGCUGCCAGCCUGCCGUCUGGGCCACGAGCUCCGCGCGCUGCUCGGAGACACCCAGCAGCGCCUGUGGCUGCAGCGGGCGGCGGUGGACACCCUGCUCUACGACAGCCCUGGGGCCCGGCCGUAGGCCUACCCAGGCCGCGGUUAAGGGCUUCCGGAGUGUGCGGUGCUUCUCUGGCUCUCAUCCCUCCUCAGGCCUGGGCCGCUGCUGCCCUGGAGAGGGGUCCCAGGCACAGUGGGAACAGUGCGGAGAGCCCACAGGCAGGAGUGGGUCCUGCCUCCCAUGGCGGGCUCCUGCCUCACCCACCCCCACCCCCUUGCCCUCAGACCCAUGCCUGAACGUGCCGGACGAAGUCCAGCCUGUGCCCCUGUCAAGGCACCUGAGCCUGUCCCCAGGGCCCAGCGGCCACUCUGGAGCCCUGACCUGCUCCCUGCAGUUGCCACUUGAAGCACAUCGCCUCCCGCCAAGUGUCCAGAGGGACCUGGAGGUGACGCUGUGAGCUCAGUGUCUGCUGGGCCUCGUCUGGGGGCUCUGCCGAGAGCUAGGCUGACCUGGCUUUGGAGAUCUGGACCCUUGAUGUGGGUGUCGCAGGCUAGCACUGAGUACUGGCUGGACACUGGCUACGUGUGCCCCAGCCACAGCUGUGCGUGGAAACCAGGUCCACAGGUGGAGGAGGAGUGGUCGGAUCUCACACCAGAGAGGAGGGGCCCAGAGCUCUGGGGAACAGGCAGCAGCAGGCAGGUGCGGACGGAGCCUGGACUGGCUGUCAGUCCACCCCAGGACCAAUGGUAAAUAUCUGGCUGGGCAGACUCCCAAGGCCAAGGUGGGCAGGUGCAGCCCCUCUUCUGGGUCCUGGGAACCGCUAGCUCCCAGGCCUGGAGGGUGUCCACCAUCCGCAGCCGUGGGACCGUCCUGCCUGCCGGGCAACCUCCUCAGCCAGCACCUGCCCGGCACCCACCUCCCCUCCUUCCCAGCACUCAUCAUGUCACAGGACAGAAUCUCAAAUACAUUAAAGAACACUGAACCCAC